UAUAUAUUUUAGUAAACAACGAACCGAGCAGCACGUAAUUGUGGGCUUUGCCGCUGGCUCCAGCUGGGAGUGUCGAUAGAACCCACCUCGAAGAGCCAAAGUCCCGCCUCACAAGUGACUCUGCCCCGGCCGGGGCUUGAGAGUAUAAAAUGAAGGAACGUGGCUGUAAACAGGAGGCAUUACUGACUUGGAGUUCGCUUUCAAACUCAUCGAAACAGUGUAAAACUGGUCAAAUGCGCUAAUCGCUGCACGCACAGUGAGGCGACCGGUUUGCUCUGAUUCCAAACACCGAGCUUUCACCCGGGCUGCACGGAGCGAGCUCACCAUGGCUGGGGACGGCACCGACCAGCGGGCCCUGCAGUAUGAACAAACUCUGAUGUAUGGGCGCUACACCCAGGAGCUGGGGGUGUACGCCAAGGAAGAGGCAGCUCGGCUGAGGGAGAGUGGGCAGAGGCGAUCGGUCAGUGAGCGAAGCCGAACCUUCGACCUACUGGAAUAUGACAAAGGACGCUGCGCCAAGUGUCGCAGGUCAGGGUAUCCAUAUGUUCUAGAAGCGCCAGCCCAGGACUUUAUCUCUGUUUGCACUGUUCGCUGUCAGAAGUUCUUGAUCUCGCGGGUCGGGGAGGACUGGAUCUUUCUUAUCCUGCUGGGACUCCUCAUGGCGCUGGUCAGCUGGGUGGUGGACUUCUGCAUUGCCAUCUGCCUUCAGGCACAGAAGUGGAUGUAUGGUGGCCUGGACAGCAAUGUUUUCCUGCAGUAUCUGGCCUGGGUCACAUACCCUGUCGUCCUCAUCACCUUCUCAGCUGGCUUCACUCAGAUACUCGCUCCGCAGGCUGUUGGUUCAGGUAUUCCAGAAAUGAAGACCAUCUUGCGAGGAGUGGUGCUGAAGGAGUACCUCACUUUCAAAACGUUUGUGGCAAAAGUCAUCGGCCUAACCUGUGCCCUGGGCAGUGGAAUGCCGCUGGGCAAGGAGGGUCCAUUUGUCCACAUUGCCAGUUUGUGUGCAGCGCUCCUCAGCAAGUUCAUGUCUCUUUUUGGAGGAAUUUAUGAGAACGAGUCGAGGAACAUCGAGAUGCUUGCAGCAGCCUGUGCAGUGGGAGUUGGUUGUUGUUUUGCAGCGCCAAUAGGAGGUGUGUUGUUCAGUAUUGAAGUAACAUCGACAUUUUUUGCGGUGAGGAACUAUUGGAGAGGUUUCUUUGCUGCUACCUUCAGUGCCUUCAUCUUCAGAGUGCUUGCUGUUUGGAACAGAGACGAAGAGACCAUUACAGCCCUUUUUAAAACCCGUUUCCGGCUCGACUUCCCAUUUGACCUCCAGGAGCUGCCUGCUUUUGCUGUCAUUGGCAUUGCCAGUGGUUUUGGUGGAGCUUUGUUUGUGUACCUGAACCGUCUGAUUGUCCAGUUCAUCCGGAAUCAAAAGGCCAUCAACAGAUUCCUCAUGAAAAAACGUCUUCUGUAUCCAGCACUGGUAACUCUACUCAUUUCCACGCUAACAUUUCCACCUGGCUUUGGACAAUUCAUGGCUGGCAAGCUUACCCAGAAGGAAUCGCUGGUGACAUUGCUUGACAACCGCACUUGGGCUAAACAGGGCAUUGCUGAAGAGUUUGACUACAUUGGACACUCCCAGGCCUGGCAACAUCCGCAGGUCAACGUCUUUGUCACACUGGUGAUCUUCAUUGUCAUGAAGUUCUGGAUGUCUGCACUGGCCACAACUAUUCCAGUACCCUGUGGGGCCUUCAUGCCAGUAUUUGUUAUCGGGGCGGCAUUUGGUCGUCUGGUGGGAGAAAGCAUGGCGGCCUGGUUCCCAGAUGGCAUCAACACAGAUGGUACCAUCUACCCCAUCGUACCAGGAGGUUAUGCUGUUGUUGGUGCAGCAGCGUUGUCAGGAGCGGUCACCCAUACAGUUUCCACUGCGGUGAUUGUGUUCGAGCUGACUGGGCAGAUCUCUCACAUCCUGCCUGUGAUGAUAGCCGUGAUCCUCGCCAACGCGGUGGCACAAUCCCUGCAGCCCUCCCUCUACGAUUCCAUCAUCCGGAUCAAGAAGCUGCCCUAUCUCCCAGAGCUGGGAUGGGGACACCACGAGAAGUACAAUAUUCGGGUCGAGGACAUCAUGGUGAGGGAUGUGCGCUACAUCACACUCAAUUGCUGCUACAGAGACCUUCAUAAUGUCCUGCUGACGGGUCACCUCAAAACUCUGGCGCUGGUGGAAUCAGCUGCAUCCAUGAUUCUCUUGGGCUCCAUUGAGCGUGCUCAGCUCCAGUCGCUGCUGUCUCUGCAGCUAGGACGCCCUCGCCGGCUGGAGUUCAUCAGAGAGCGGGCAACAGCAGAGAAGAAGCGCCUGUCUGUUGUCUCUAACUCUGACGCCGAAGAUGACCACCGGAGAGCAAGUCAGGAGGUCCGCUUCCAGAUCUCGACUGAAGAAUCGUCAUUCAGUCCUACUCGUCCAGUUCCUCAGAAGCCCUUGAAACCUGCUCUGAAGAGACCGUCCGUGGUGGAGCGGCCCAUUGAUAUCCCCAUCGGCUCACAGGAUCAUUCAAGCAACUCCAGUCUAAAGAACUUGUUUUGUGCCAGUCCAGAUGCGGAGCUCAUGGAGAAAAACAACAAUGUCGAGAGCCCCGUGUCUCCUGACAGCAGGAGGCAGUCAAAACGAGUCCGGAUAUCUGUUGUGGAGCCACCACCCAGCCUAAGGGGUUUCUUUGGGGACGACGACGUUGUGGAAGAUGAUAUGACCAUCAGAGAGAUUGCAGAGUGGGAAGAGAUGCAGCUUGAUGAGCAGGUCAACUUCAAUAACUGCAAGAUUGACCCUGCCCCCUUCCAGCUCGUGGAACGCACGUCACUGCAUAAGACGCACACCAUCUUCUCCCUGCUGGGCCUUGACCACGCCUACGUCACCAGUAUUGGACGUCUCAUUGGGGUCGUUUCCCUUAAAGAGCUUCGCAAAGCAAUCGAGGGCUCUGUGACGGUGAAGGGCGUGAAGGUGCGCCCACCCCUGGCCAGCUUCCGGGACAGCGGCACCAGCAGCAGUGAAAACGAGGCCACUGAGCUCCACAAUCUGUGGGAUCGCGAAAAGAGAAUGUCGCUGCCCGGCGAACACACGCCACCGGAGUCUGACGAAAAGUCCCAGUGAUGCCCAAAAUAGGUAGAAGAAGCAUCAAAAGCGGACGCACUGAGGGUCCGUAAUCGCCAAAUUCCUCAGGGCUUCGGAUCAAUAUUUAAAAGUGGAAAGAGUUUUACUGCUCCGCCGGUCUCUUCUUCUCUCAUUGUCCUUCACUGUUGCCGUAAACUCCACUUGCAAGUUUGCUCGAGAAAACUUGCAAUCUCCAUUGCGGACCCUCCACACGAGAGCAGAACACUUCUAAAUCCUGCUCCGCACGUAGUGAAGUCUUUUUAAAAGGGAUGUUCUUAUGCAGACAUUGCGUAGUUCGUGUUGCUUGUAUUGUCCAGACAAUAUUCAACCAGUCUUCCGUUCGUUUUUCCACUGUGUGUACUGUAAGAAUGGUGAUAACUGAUACCGUAUGCGCUGUGCUUUUGAUUUUUAUUUUUGCAAUUGUCUCGUGGAUGUGGUUUUACUAGGCACUAUUUUUUUUUUUGAAAUGGCACUAUUUUUCGCACUGGAAAGGUGACUCUUUAGUGUUCUCACCACUUCAAGAUUAUGCACGACGCAAGCAGUUGUGCCCAAUGGCCUGUAGCCACUUAAUGACGUACACUCCUCCUCUGUGAGUAACCACAGACACAAACAUGGCUGUGGCAACGCUCUCAGUGUUUCUUGCUAAUCUAAAUAUAGCUCUUACCAAUCAGAGAAGGUUGAGAGGACGAUAAUGGAAGGAAGGAAGGAAGCAAGCGAGCAAGGGAGGGAGAAAACGAGUAGGAGCGAGCAAAUGGAAGUUCUCAUUAUCCAACCAGCUGCUCUCGGCCUCCUCCCCAAUCCGUCUUUGAUCACCGUAUUAGUUGCCGUCCAUUACAUUACAUUACAUUAUCGGAAGCCCCGCAGCUAUACAAUACAAAAAUCUUGAGGCUCGCACAUUACCGAGGACACAAUAAGAGCAGGAUCAGAUCAAUGAAUGCAAUCAAGCUAGAAGCACGAAAUGAAAUCAAGAAGUAAUCACUUGAAGGGUGGCGAUUUCAUCUUUCAAUGCCACUAAAUUAUCGCUCCGGUUAUCAGCAGCAAAGUUGACAGGGUGAAAUUUGAGCCAGCAUUGUUUUCACGGCAGCCUGCUUUCAGAGUCAGCAAUGAGUCUGACAUGACAGACAGUAAGUCAUGUGUAUUUAAUAUUUCAUGUGGGCUCGCUGGAAAGAAAACACUGAUUCGUCUCGCUCUGCUGGGAAUACAUCAUUGGCAUUACAACAAAGUUUGGCGCUUGUCGUCUUCAUGGCGGCCACUC